AUGGUGGACGAACCUCCGUCAGCCCCGGCACCACCUCCGCCACACACCAGCGGAGCCCGAACCGUCCGGAUCAGCGACGCGUCCGGCGGCGUUCGGCUGUCUCCGGGUCACCAUGGCAACAAGGGCAUCGGUUACACCGGGAGGAGGAGGACCCGUAAAGUGGAGGCGGAGGGCGAGGUUCUGGCCCUGUUCUGUGGGAGGGAGGACUCGGACACCGAGUCGGUUCCGGCUCAGCAGGUCAUCACGUCUCCGAGGAACCGGCUGAGCCUGACGUUCACCUCCGACUUCUCCAACGAGGAGAGGUUCUCCGGGUUCAUGGCUCAUUACAGCGCCGUGGACGUGGACGAGUGCAGCGAUCAGAGCGACGAGGAUCUGCUCUGCGAUCAUUUCUGCCACAACUACAUCGGAGGAUAUUACUGCUCCUGUCGCUACGGUUACCUGCUGCAUUCUGACAACCGCACCUGCAAAGUGGAGUGCAGCGGCGGUGUGUUCAGGGAACGCUCCGGAGUUCUGAGCAGCGUGGACUUCCCGUCUCCGUACCCGAAGAGCUCCGAGUGUUCGUACCGGAUCGAGGUGGACGAGGGCUUUAAGCUCCGCCUCCAGUUCGACUCCAGCUUCGACGUGGAGGACCACCCCGACGUCAGCUGCCCCUACGACUACGUCAAGGUUGAAGCAGGAAGCAGCGAGUUCGGUCCGUUCUGUGGAGAUCGAUCGCCGGGAACCAUCCAGACCGACAGCAACACCGUCAGCAUACGUUUCCAUAUACCUGAGGCUCCGCCCAACGCCCUGAUGAACCCCGUCCAAUCAGAAUACUCCUUCAAAGACCACGUCCUGUUCACCUGCUCACCUGGAUACAGGAUGCUGCAGGACGGAGAGUUUGUGGAUCAUCAUCAGAUAAACUGUCAGGUCGACGGAUCGUGGAGCAGCCGACCUCCUCCGUGUCAAAUGGUGGAUUGUGGGAGUCCAAAGAUGGUCGACAUGGCCGACGUGGUGUUUGGUAACCAUGACAACAGCACACUGUUUGGAGCGACGGUUCACUACGUGUGUAAACAGGACGGCGUCCAACCGACCAACAGUUCAUACAAGUGUGGUGUGAACGGGCAAUGGAUUGAUUCAGAAGGAAGAACCGAACUCCCCACAUGUCUGCCAGCCUGUGGUCGUCCGUCCCGCUCCCUCCCCGCUCAGGUGAAGCGGAUCGUGGGCGGUCGGAGCGCCGAGCCCGGCCACUUCCCCUGGCAGGUUCUGCUCAGUGUGGAGGAUCUGUCCCGGGUUCCGGAGGACCGCUGGUUCGGUUCUGGAGCUCUGCUGUCAGAGUCCUGGAUCCUGACCGCCGCUCACGUCCUGAGGUCCCAGAGGAGGGACACCAGCGUCGUCCCGGUGGCUCCCGACCACGUCAAGGUCUUCCUCGGUCUCCACAACGCCAGAGACAAGCGUCUGGCCACCAACCGCUCCGUGGACCAGAUCUUCCUCCAUCCAGACUUCCAACCCAACAACUACAACAACGACAUCGCCCUGGUGAGGCUUACAGACCAGGUGGACUUCAACCAGGUCGUCCGUCCCAUCUGCCUCCCACCACCUCCCAGACAGGACGACCCCCCUGCACCUCUUCCCAACUCUCUGGGUAUAGUCGCUGGUUGGGGAAUCUCCAACCCCAAUGCCUCCUCUUCCUCCUCAUCGCCCUCCUCUUCCUCUUCUUCCUCCACUAUGACCUCGGACCCCGCUGCUGCCGCCGACCUCGGGAUGACCUCAGACCUCCUGCAGUAUGUGAAGCUGCCGGUGGUUUCUCAGGAUGAGUGCCAGGCGAGCUACGCCUCGCGCUCCAUCAGCUACAACAUCACCGGCAACAUGUUCUGUGCCGGUUUCUUCGAGGGGGGGAGGGACACCUGCCUGGGGGACAGCGGGGGGGCGUUUGUGAUGGAGGACCAGGGCAGCCGGAGGUGGGUGGUGUUUGGGUUGGUGUCCUGGGGAGGGCCAGAGGAGUGUGGGAGUCAGAGGGUGUAUGGAGUCUACACCCGAGUGGCUAAAUAUGUGGAGUGGAUACAGACCCACCUUCAUGCUGCCCCCUGGUGGUGA